UUCACGCACGGGAUGUAGAGAAAGUAAAUUUAUAUUUUUUUACUAAAUUAUACUCGCCCGAUGUUGUAAUAAAUGUUAAUAAGUGCGAAAUGCGUGUAUCGCUGUGGUCCCUUUGUUACGAGUGCCAAAAUAGAAGCGCCAAAAAGUUUACUAUGUCGAAAAGUUGUCAUGUCUGACACAUCCAUUUGGGCCUAUUUAAAGUGAUUUUAUGAGUGUUUUUGUGCAAGUUUAACAGGAUGCCGAGGGGAGAGAAUAGGCCGAGCGUCCUGUUGACUCGGGACGAAAAUGAUCAGGUGUUCGGUCUCAUCGGGCCUAAGUGCCAGAGCCUUGCAACCGCAGUAGUACAGCUGUUCACCACCGAGGGCCCAGGGCACUCGGAAUGGAAGAAGAAGGACACAGGGGUGCUCUGCCUCAUAAAGGAUAACAGCAAAAGAUCGUAUUUCUUCCGCAUUUACUGCCUGUAUCGAAAAGCCAUGAUAUGGGAACACGAGGUGUAUUUACAAAUAGAGUAUAAGAGCCCGCGGCCUUAUUUACACACGUUUGAGGCUGAGGAUUACAUGACUGCGUUUAAUUUCGCCAACGAAGAUGAAGCGAGGGUGCUUAGGGACAUACUCAACGAGAAAAUCAAGCUGCGAAAACAAAGACGAGAAGAGAGAAGACAGCGGUCGAUGUUGUCGGCGCGGGCCAACAGCGUGUCUUCGCACGGCUCCACCAUAUCGAACACUUCCCGACUCAACGGCGUGACUCCCCCGCCGCCGCCCGCGCCCACGACGCCCGCUCCGGUGCCCAUGCCCACGUUGCCCACGCAGAACAACAAGGCCAACACACUGUCAAAUUACACAUUAAAGAGUUCGAGUAAAAAGCCGAAGGCGAGAAAGUUGACGAAAGCGGAUAUCGGUGCGCCGCUCGACUUCAAGCAUGUAUCGCACGUGGGAUGGGACGAGAAUAAAGGUUUCGACGUGGAUUUGCCCGAGGAAGAAAUGCGAUGGUUCUUCAGCAAAGCUGGUAUAACCGAGUUGCAGUUGAAGGACCAUGCGACGCGCCAAUUCAUCUACGACUUCAUCAACAAGAACGGCGGCAUGGACGCGGUCAAAGAGGAGCUUCACGACGCGCCCAAGACUAAUGAGUCGCCUCGAGCACCCAUGCCUCCGCCGCCCCCCGCACCGCCCGUGCCCUCCCGCACGCCGCACCCGCCCGCACCGCCGUCCCGCGCGCCCCCGCCCCCACCCGCGCGCGCCGUGCCCCCACCCCCGCCGCCGCCGGUCUCGUUGCACACGCCGCGGAACCCGCCGCCGCCGAGACCGCACCAACCUCCAUCUAGCGCGCCCCCGUCAGUGCCGCCCCCUCCGCCGCCAUCAUCGGCCCCUCCCCCUCCGCCGCCGCCGCCCCCUCUGGCGCCAUGUGCGCCCCCCGCACCCCCUCCACCGCCAAUGCCCGCGGAGACCCCCGCACCGCCUGACGCUCGCAGCGCCCUCAUGGAGAGCAUCCGUGGAGGAAAUAAGAACUUGAAGCACGUCGAAGUUGGCUCGAAGACGUCAUUAAACGACGACAGCAGGAGUAAUUUAAUGAGUGAAAUACGACAGGGAUUCAAUUUGAAGGCUGUACGUAGAUCAGACAGUAAGACAGGCGACGAGAAAUCCAGCAGCGGUUCCGAGCCAAGCGGCCUCGCGGGCGCCUUGGCUAGGGCUCUGGAAGAACGGAAACGAGCUAUUCACUCCUCGGACUCCGAAGACAGCGACGAUGACUCCACAAGUGACGGAGAGUGGGACUAGUGAAUCUAGUGAUCAUUAAUGACUAUGUAGAUCCCGCGAGAGUAGCUUAACUACUUCUUUGAGAGUACGACUAGCGGUCGAUUGUGUCUUCAUUGAUCAUUUGAGAAUAUUCGCGCGAGACUACCCAACUUUAUCGUUUCUUGUUCUUUUCGUGACACUAGAUAUUAUCUGUGACUAGUGAUCAUAUGUCAUUAUGAAGAUGGCGCGGAACUGCCCAAAUUAACAACAUAUUUUAAUGUGGUUCUGUGAUGUAUCAGUAAUCAUUAGGGACUAUGUUGAUAAUAGAAACUACCCAACUUCAUUGUUUCUCGCUCUUUGUUUGACAGAGAGUGAGAUUAGUUAUUGUCUGUGACGCCAAUUAUCUUUGGUGAUUUAUAAAGAUCGCACGAAACAACCCUUAUUAUUUCUUCUUAUUUACGUGACAGAGAGUGAGACUAGAUGUUGUCUGUGACAAGUUAUCAUUGGUGUUUUGUAUGAUUGAUCAUUCGAGGGUAGCUUAACUACUUCUUUGUGGAAAGUACGGCUAGUAGUUGACUGUGUCUCACGUGAUCAUUUGUAAUUAUAGCAUACAUCUUUUUU